AUGCCUGCGAACGCGACUCUGGAACAAGUGUUCGAUAUGGUGGACAAUGGCGAGUUUGUGAACAUGUCGUUGUCAGAAUUUGCCUCCAAAGAGAACGCGGCGCAGGAGCCUGUGGCGGCUGUCAUUGACCGGAGCACAGGUGCAAUCAAGGUCAAGAAAGGGCACAUCCAAGUGCCCAUGCCUACGAACGCGGAAGAGUUGCGCGUUCGACUACGGGUGGUUGCGCACUCCUUUGUGCUGAGCUCAUUGCGCUAUCCACACGUGGCCGUCCUGAAGGGGAUCGCGCCGUCUCACUUCCAUAAUUAUGCAGACUACUUGCUUGGUGACUUUGUGCUCGGGCUGCAUGCGCGUGACUCGACAGGAGGUAUUGUCUCCUCUCCCUCUUUCGACUUGGUGGUUGCGUAUGAGUACCAGUUGCGGAAGCAUGUGACGAAGCUCCUAAACGCCGGGCAAACCCUGGUGGCGGCCUUGGAGACAUCUAUGGCGGACCCAGUGCUAAAGGAGCGGUAUUUUGUCACGCCGUCGGCGUUUCGCCUGGCUGAAUUAGCUACUGUGGGCAACAGCAGGAGAGAGCGUUCUCGCAGCAGACGUGUGCGUCGCGACCUGGGGCUGACUCGAGCUUUUGGAAAAGGCCAAAGCAAGGGCAAGUUUGCGGCACUCAAGAGGCUCACAGAGGAUGGCCAGCAGAUAUGCUUUGCGUUCAACAAUCCGCAUGAGAAGUGUCGAGGCAAGUGCGGGUCAGCGUCAGACCCUGAGGCUGGCGGAGGUGCCCAGCGCGCGGUUCCGGUGGAAGGGGGGGUGGACCGCAACGCGCUGGCGGCGCCGUGCGCCCUUGCGUCGGCAAAGGACGGCGAUCGCAGCAGCGGCGAGUCGCAACGGCAGAUGGCUGGACCUCAGGGCCCGGAGAAUGUGCGGAGCGCGCAGGAACAGCAUCUGACCGGAGCGGGGGGCCCAGUGCGAAUAUCGGACACAUCUUUGUUCUGUCCUACAAGCGCUCCCAUGAAGGCUCUCUAUAAAGGCAAAUGGAGAACGAUCAAUGAUGGGGGCGGUUUGUGCUCACCUGGUCGAUGGCCGGUGAGUGCAAGGCGUUGGCAGAAAAGCGAGGCGUGGGCGAAGUUCCAGGCAGUCCUGCGUAAAGGAUUCCUACGAUGGGUCCUGGAGACAAGCGGCGCAAGAAAGGAUGGCAAAGAUGCUGUGGCCGAGACAUUUUGGCGCAUGGCGGGAGGAAAGAUGACGUCCUCCCCAUUCCAUGGAUCAGCAGCAGCAACAGCGGGCGAGGCCGAUGCGUUGUUACUUGAAUUUGGAAUCGAUGCGCGGCGAAGACCGACAGAUCAGUGCUCCGAAAUCAAUUUCCGGCGCUUGGCUGGGGGGCUGGAGCUGCUGCGCGACCCGGACUAUGCGUAUCUUGUAGAGAUAGCGGAGCGUGGAGUGCGUAUUGGAGUGGGCAGCGACAUGCCAAGAGUCCCCGCGGUCUUUGAGGAGAAAACCAAGUGGAACCGCGAGUUCGUGGACACCGACAUGGAGCCCGAGCAGAUUGCGGCCAAUUAUGCUUCAGCGCGUGAACACAUGUCUGUGGUGCGGCGGCAAGUCGAGGAAGAGGUUCAGAAGGGGCUUGUGGAACGCAUGAGUUUAGAGGAAGCCCGGGCGCGAUUCCCAGGUCGCCUUGCAAUCGCAGCGCUCGGAGCCGUGCCCAAGGAUGUCCAGUCUGACAAACCAGACCUGGUAAGAGUUGUCUUUGAUGGUUCGUAUUCCACAGAUAUCAACUCCAGGAUCAAGGUUUUGGACCAGGUGCGCUCCCCCAUCAUAGAUGACAUCGGGGCUUUGCAACGUCAGAUCAGGCAGGACGUGUGCGAGAAAGGGCAGUGCGCACGCUUCGCCUUGCUGUACGACAUCGCGAUGGCACACCGACUCGUGCCGGUAUGCCCAGAAGACUGGGGCUUGCAGGCUUUCUCCUUGGACGAUCCGGACGAAGUCUUCGUGCAUCGUAGGGGUACCUUUGGCAUCGCUUCUGCCGGCUACUGGUGGGCGCGCGUCGCCAGUGGGGCCGUGCGCCUGUGUCAUGCGCUUGCAGACUGCGACUUGGCAGUGUAUCAUCUGCUCUACUCCGAUGAUGGAUGGUUGACAUCGAUGGGCGAUCACUUCUGGAGGCGCAUGCUAUUCUGGCUCUUCGUCUUGGAGGUGUUCGAGAUUCCGAUCAGCUGGCGAAAAGUGCGUGGGGGCACAGAAGUGCAAUGGAUCGGCUAUCAGCUGAGUGUCGCGACGUUCAGCCGAGGAAUUAGCAGCAAGAAGGUGAAAUGGUUCACCGAAUGGCUACACAAACAUGUGGCUGCGGGGGGAGUGAUGGGCAGGGAUUUUCAAGCCGUGCUGGGGCGCUUAUCGUUUGUGGGCGGAGCCUUACAGCAUGUCAGGCCUUUUCUGGGGCCAUUAUUCGCAUGGAACUCUGUGCUAAGACCGGAGAAGUUUGCGAAAUUCCCCCUCGCGGUCCUCUUGGUUCUGAGGCUAAUUCAGGAGGAGAUCAGCAGGUGCCCGAUGCAAGUGGUCGAGCGCAUACCUGUGGAAGAGGGGGACUUCUUUCGUGUCGAUGCGAAAGCCGACAAGACGUCUGAAGACAGCCCCUUUGCGAAAGGAGAGCCAUUCCGCGUAAUAGCGUCUCUUGAGCUCUUGGCAGUCGUGGUGGCCGUCAUAGUCUUCGGGCAAGACCAGCGCUGGUGGCACCGACGGGGGCAGUUGUGGCUCCCAGCCAUCACUGACAACCUGGGAAACUCCUUUGUGCUGGAGAGAUUCAUGUCGUGCGCCUUUCCUUUAUCUAUGGUACUGAUGGAAUUGUCGGCGCAGCUGGGUCACAUGGAUUUACACCUACAACUAAAUUGGGUGCCGCGUGACCAAAACACUGAAGCGGACGCCCUGACCAAUGAGUGCUUCGAUGAGUUCAACCCAGAUCUGCGAAUACCAGUGUGCUUUGAGAGUCUUCCGUUCCUGGUCCUGACACAGCUCAUGCAGGCAGCGCAGGAGCUGGAUGACAGCAUACAGUUCGCGAAGACGUCCAAAGAAGCCAAAGCAAAGGAUCCGUUACCGCGGCCGAAGCGUCGCAAGACAAGUUUGCGUUGGACGGAGCCGUGGUGA